GCGAGGGGAAUGGUCUCUCAUCUAACACCACCUUUCGAAACCUACUCACGCAAGACGCCUCAUGUCUAGGGCUUGGGCAGCCACCCUGUGGCCUAUGACGCCCCCUAGCCCGCGUGGCUGGCGGCUCCUGGCGCGCAAAUCAGCUUGUGCCGUCACUGUUGCUCCUACAGCUCAGGCACCGCGCGCCAUCGCCAGCCUUGGGGCUUCAGGGACCCGCCCGCGGAAUAUCAAUCCCAGUUUCUAGAAGCGCGCAAGUGCCCA